GCCAUUAUUCGUCAUAGGGAGUGUCCGGCGAUGUAGCGUCGCGUUUGUAAUCAAAUCGUUUUUAUAUAUAUUUGACAUUAUUUAUUUUAUCCCUUAAGUCUCAUUCAUGUCUUAUCGUACGAGAUCCGGCGUGUUUAAUUAAAUAUCUCAAUUGCAAUUCUCACGGUGAAUAUCCCAAAACUAAUUACCUUACAUGUAAAACGAAUGGACAAAGGUGGCACAGGUUAACAAGGUGGUCAUCAACAGGGAGUGUCUAAGAGCUGAAUCAAUUCUACUUCUGCCAUAAUCACAUAUUUGUUGGACGAUAUUUUCAAGCAAGAUUAAUACUGUGAAUUAUAAUUCGAUACUUUUAAAAUGUUUAUUGCAUAAUAAGAUAUCCAGAAUGUCUGAUUUAUUGAGUAACGUGGUAUUUUUGUUAAUUCUUUUACUACCUGUGUUUGCACAAAAUAUCUUGCACGAACCUUAUGAGUGCCCACAACAUUGGAUACGAUUUCAAGAAUCAUGCUAUCGUUUUAUCAAGAGUCCCCUGAGAUCACGGAUGGAUGCGCGAAGGAACUGUCAGGCAUUUCAAAGUGAUCUACUUAGUAUUAAUACACUGGAGGAGCAUAGAUUCAUACUCUAUGAAUUAUUAUGGCAGGAUCCGCAACAUCGUAGAUGGUAUACUGGAAUAAAACUACAGAGUGGCUCAUGGAUAAACGAGGCUGAUGGUACAGCUUUAAUAAAUAUGGAUAACGCCUUUCUACCUGAACCUAAUGACAAUAUAAUAGGAAGAGAUUAUUUGGCAUAUUCCUACUCUAAUAACCUUCAGCGUUGGGGAUUGGAGAAGGUCACUGGAAGAGAAGAGCUCUUAUAUAUCUGCAAAGCAUCCAUCGUUAUUCUUCAUAACUUGGUAGAAGAUGAUCGUACUUAUCAAUAUGGCAUUGAAAUCGAUAACCCUCUUCAAAUACCUAGGGGGCCAUAUUUUAUAAAACAACCUAUGAGCAAAGUAUUUGAUAUAGCGAAAAAGAGAGUAAAUAAUGAUGUCUCGUUGAGUUGUCUAGCGGGUGGCUAUCCUACUCCAACCUAUGAAUGGUUUAAAGAAGAUUAUGAAAAUGAUCGGCUUAUUGCGACAAAAAUAGAUCCUCUUUCAAAUAACAGAUAUACUGUGAGCGGUGGAACAUUGAUUAUUUAUGAGCCCGAACAAACACAUGACCGUGGCUCGUAUCAUUGCAAGGCUACUAAUAAAUUUGGUACAAUUAUAUCUGAGAGUGUUGAAUUAUCGUUCGGAUAUAUUCUAGAGUUUAAUUUAAAACGUGGAGAGGAACGUGGAGAUAAUCAUUGGGGUAAAGCAGUUUAUUGCGAUCCACCGCAACAUUUUCCAGGUGUGAAAUAUUAUUGGGCGCGCGAUUUUUUCCCCAAUUUUGUCGAGGAGGACAAACGCGUAUUCGUUUCGAAUGAUGGAGCGCUUUAUUUUUCCACAUUGGAGACAAUCGACCAAGGAAAUUAUUCGUGCAAUGUUCAAAGUAUCGCAUCUGAUAAUGGACGUAAUGGGCCAUUCUUUCCAUUAAGAGUGAAUAUGCACUCCUCAUUUCAACAAUUAAAGUUUCCCAAUAAUUUUCCAAAGGCGUUUCCGGAAGCACCAAUGGCCGGAGAGGAAGUUAGAUUGGAAUGUAUCGCAUUCGGAUAUCCUGUUCCUUCAUAUAAUUGGACAAGAAGGGGUUCUGUCUUGCCGCGCGGUGCGUAUGCGACGAGUUACAAUCGAGUAUUGAUAAUACCUCGUGUCCGUGUGGAGGAUCAGGGUGAAUAUGUUUGCCGCGUGUACAACGAUAGAUUAUCAAUCGAGAAUUCCGUGCAAUUAACCAUACAAGCAGCGCCUAAUUUUACUAUUCCAUUGGUGGACAAACACAUGGAUAACAGAGGAGAUUUAACCUGGACUUGCGAAGCAUUUGGUAUACCAGAUGUUACUUAUAACUGGUUCAGAAAUGGAGAAAUUUUGGAUAUGUACACUCUACCGCCCGAAGAUAGAGAUCGUUACACUAUACAAGAUAAUGUAAUAAAUAUAAAGUAUUUGGAUCCUGAAAGGGAUCAAGCUAUGUAUCAGUGUCGUGCGAAAAAUCAGCUGAAGACAGUGUAUUCAUCAGCACAACUUAGAGUCCUAUCGUUAAAACCUUCUUUCAAGAAACGGCCUAUGGAAUCUGAGACAUAUGCGGCAGAAGGUGGUAAUGUCACAAUUGUAUGCAAACCCGAGGCCGCGCCCAGACCAAAAUUUGUAUGGAAGAAAGAUGGAAACGUGAUCGGAUCAGGCGGUAGGCGGAGGAUUCUGGAAACUGGAAACCUUAUCAUUAGCCCGGUAUCGCGAGACGACGAAGGAACAUACGUGUGCACAGCAACGAAUCAAUAUGGCAGCGAUGAAACUCGUGGACGAUUAAUUGUACUACGUGGACCAGAACUUAUUGAAAGAUUGCCGCCACGUUUAAUUAUGUCCUAUAAUAAUAAUCAGACAUUGCGUUGCUUAGGCAAUACAGAUGAAAUGUUAGAUGUGGCGUAUAUUUGGAGGCAUAAUGGUAUGCGUAUCCGCGAUAAAGAUUUGGAAAAUAAUCGACAUUGGCACAUUGAUGGUGAAUAUUUAGACAUUAUAAACGCUACAUUUGCUGAAAGCGGCGAAUACGAAUGUAUUUUGAAAAGUGCUGUUGGUGAAAUAUCGAGCAAGACCGAUCUGAUCGUGAACGGACCACCCGGACCGCCUGGUGGGGUACAAGUUGUGAAUAUCGUCAAAAUUUCAGCCACAUUACGAUGGACUGAUGGCGCUUUCAACGGCAAAGUAAUAACUAUGUACACAAUCAGUGCACGUACAAAUUGGAAUCGUACAUGGUUUCCUCUCGUAGAAAAUAUCACAGCUAUCGAAAUGGAUAGAUAUAAUGGCCGAAAAGAGGCAUUUUUGGAAAACGUUUUAAAUCCUUAUACCACAUAUGAAUUUCGCAUAUUAGCCUUUAAUGAACUUGGUUAUGGUCCACCAUCGUCUCCUUCACCUCAAUAUAGUACUCCACCUGACAAACCUACAAAAUCGCCAUCGAAUAUUAGUGGUGGUGGAGGAAAGAUUGGAGACCUUACAAUUACAUGGGAUCCACUCCCCUCGUCUGAUCAAAAUGGUCCUGGAAUCUAUUACAAGAUAUUCUGGCGUCGUAAAGGACACGAUUCAGAGUACCAAUCGUUACCUCUGAGGGAGUACGGCAAUGUCGGUAGCAGCGUCGUGCCAAUUCAAUCGCAGUUUUACUAUACAAAAUAUGAAGUAAAAGUACAAGCGAUUAAUGUGAUAGGCGAGGGUCCUAUAUCGGAAACUACGACAGUGUACAGUGCGGAGGAUAUGCCGCAAGUCGCACCGCAACAAGUAUACUCAAUGAGCUAUAACAGUACCAGCUUAAACAUCACUUGGCAACCGAUUGAACAAACUCGUGAGCGAGUGCGAGGCAAGUUGAUUGGACACAGGAUCAAGUACUGGAAGGAAAGCGUCCCCGAAGAACAUGCUACUUAUUAUUUAUCGCGUACCACUCGUCCUUGGUCGUUAGUAGUUGGAUUGCAACCAGAUACAUAUUAUUAUGUAAAGGUGAUGGCCUACAACUCCGCUGGGGAAGGUCCGGAAAGUGAACGGUAUCUGGAGCGAACUUACCGCAAAGCGCCGCAGAAACCGCCGUCUUCGGUGAACGUGUACGGCGUGAAUCCAUCAACGGUGAGAGUCGUUUGGCGUUAUGUACAGCCGAGUUUAGAAGAGGAACCAUUAAUCGGAUACAAAAUACGUAUAUGGGAGGUCGACCAAGACAUGAGCACGGCGAAUGAUACAAUAAUACCAGGCGGCUCUAAACUGGAAGCCGAUAUCAGGAAUUUAAGUCCGGGCAAGGCAUAUCACUUAAGAGUGCUCGCGUUUAGUAACGGUGGUGAUGGCAGGAUGUCGAGUCCCACUCAUACAUUCCAAAUGGGCGAUGCUGCAGCCUUCAGGAGCAGUGCUGGAAACAAGAUUCUGGACGCCGCCUUAGGAAUAACUUUCUUACUAUUCUUGCGGGUCUUUGACUAUAUAUAGUGUAAAGUAAUCUCUAAUAAUUGUAUAAGCCAUAAGAUUUAACGGCUCUAAAUUUUAUACAGAUUUCUUAAAUGAAUUAUCUAAAAAAUUUAAUAGACACGAAACAAAUUUUAAAAAAUGAGAUUUAUAAUAAAAUAUUAUAGAUUUCUUUAAUCACAUAUACUUAAAUUGCUUAAACAAUUUAAAUAAUUAAUCUUAAAUAAUUUCUAAUCAUUUUUUUGAUAGCCUAAAAAUUAAUAUUGCAUAUCAUUAGUUUAUCUAAUGCAAAGACAGUCAGUUUUAGCAAUGAUAACUUAAUGCUUAAGUACUUCCAUAACUUCUUUUUAAGAACCAUCACGAUAUUAUGUGACAAAAAGUCCAAGAUUGAUCUGCAUUUGAUUCUAAUAAUCAGAAUAAUAUGUGUGGUAAAUUUAGCAUAAUUUGUGUUUUAUAUAAUAUAAAAAAGUUACUUACA